AACUCCAUUUUAUCAAAAUUUCUUCAAUCUCUUAACCUUCAAACCCUUUUCAUAAUUAUUUGAUUCUCUGAGAGGCUCCAAGAGAUCAAUCUAAGAAGAUGCUUUUACAAGUUUUCUGCUAAACAAGGUCCCUUGUAUUUCCAUCCAACGUGCCGGAAAAAUGGAAAAUCAAGAAAGAUCUUCAGGUUAAGUUGAAUGGAAAUUACAACCUUUUUAAGCAUAAAAAAAUAAAAUGGGGUUGAUGGAAUUCAGAAGAUUUGGAUUGGUUGUUGGUGAUCAGAGAUAGAAAUUAUUGGUCUCCUAUUAUGAGUUUGAUAACCCAAUGGGGAAACUUCCUAAGUUAAGCCGAUGAUGGAGGUUUUGGACAGAUGGGUUUCAAGAGCAGCUGAAUGUUUUAUCUUUUGCCUUUUCAUACUCUUUCAAUCAACUUUUGCACAAGAAGGAUUUCUGAGCAUAGCAUGCUGCGCAGGAGGUAAUUAUACAGAGCAGGUUACAAAUAUAACUUGGGUAUCGGACUCCCAAAGGUUCCCUGAUACAAUAAGUUAUUGCCAGAAGAUAAGCAAACCUGUUGUGAACCAAACUGGCUAUAAUGUAUCUCGGAUAUUCAACAUACCGAAAGGGAAAAUAUGUUACAGCUUGCCUACAACAAAGGGUGAAGAUUAUCUUAUAAGGGGUACAUUUUUGACCGGUCUCACCGGAUCUUCCUUUUGGGUUUCGGUCGGUGUUAAUGAAAUUGGUCUAGUGAGUUCUUCUCAGGAUUUGGAGAUUGAGGGGAUUCUUAGAGCAACCAAGAACUAUACAGAUUUCUGCUUGGUGGAGAAAGAGGGAGCUCCUUAUAUUUCAAAGCUUGCUCUGAGACCUCUGUGGGAUUUGGAGUAUUUACAGGAGUUUCCUAACAGUGUUCUCAGAUUGGUCAAAAGGAUUAAUUUGGGUGGGAGUGGAGCAGAUAUCAGCUUCCCAGAUGACAAAAGUGACAGAAUUUGGGAACCCAUUUCGAGUCUUCAACCCACGAAUCAAAUUGUUUCAGGACCCGAUAUCAACAUCUCCAACUAUCAAGCUACAGUGAAAGUACCUCUUCAAGUUCUGCAAACGGCUCUGACCGAUCCUAACCGAUUGGAGAUUUCACUGCGUGACCUUGACACGCAGUAUUACGAGUACCUUGUGUUCCUCUACUUUCUUGAGCUAAACAAGACAGUUGAACCUGGCCAGAGGGUGUUUGGUAUCUACCUGAACGGUGAGAGAAGAAAACCCACAUUUGAUAUACAGGGUAAUGGGUCCAACUAUAAUGAGGUUGUUUUCAAUGUCAGCGCACAUGGGUUUGUUAAUGUGACCUUGAUCAAGGCCUCUGGGUCUGUUUUUGGUCCCCUUUUCAAUGCCUAUGAGAUCUUUCAGGUCCAUCCAUGGUCUCAAGACACUAGCUCGGGAGAUGCGGAGGUGAUUUUAAAGGUGAAAGAUGAGUUGUUGGUGCAUAACCGGCAGAACAAUCUCUUGCAGAGAUGGUCCGGAGACCCUUGUCUUCCAAUUCCAUGGGAUGGCAUUUUUUGCGGUAAAUUUCAAGGUUCUACUGUCAUCACCAAAGUGGAUCUUUCUUCUAGGAAUCUUGGUGGACCACUUCCUUCGAAUGUUACUAAGUUGACCCACCUGAACAUCUUGAACCUGAGCUCCAAUGUUUUCACCGGCGAAAUUCCAUCAUUUCCUCCUUCCUCCAUGUUGAAAGAAGUAGAUUUGAGAAAUAAUGAUAUCACGGGAAUGCUCCCAGGAUCUUUUGCCUUGCUUCAAAACUUGGAAAUAUUAUAUCUUGGUUGCAAUCCUCGGUUUGUCAAAGUGCCUCCACCAGGCUUCAAUAUCUCAAAGCUAAACAUAGACCCUCAAGGAUGCACUAUAGAAGGACAACGAUCUUUAAAACGGGGCAUCAUUAUAGGCUCUGUUGCAUGUGGUUCUUUACUACUUACUAUUGUACUUGGGAUUGUUUUUGUUUAUUUUUACAAACAAAAAUUAAUGCCUCGGGGAAGAUUCAACAGGAAAGGAAUUAAAGGAUACCCUAUGACAAAGAAUAUAAUUUUCUCACUACCAAGUGUAGAUGAUGUUGCUAUAAAGUCAAUAUCCAUAGAGACAUUUACGCUUGAAUACAUUGAAGCUGCCACCCAAAAAUAUAGUACUAUGAUUGGUGAAGGAGGUUUUGGGUCAGUUUACCGUGGCACUCUACCUGAUGGUCAGGAAGUGGCAGUGAAGGUCCGAUCAGCAACAUCAACUCAAGGAACUCGCGAAUUUGAAAAUGAGCUAAAUCUUCUGUCAGCUAUUCGCCAUGAGAAUCUGGUGCCUCUUCUUGGUUAUUGUUGCGAAGCUGACCAAGAAAUUCUUGUUUAUCCAUUUAUGUCAAAUGGCUCUCUACAGGAUCGCCUCUAUGGGGAAGCAUCCAAAAGAAAAAUACUGGACUGGCCAACCAGACUUUCAAUUGCUCUUGGUGCUGCUCGAGGUUUGAUGCAUCUUCACACGUUUGCUGGUCGUUGCAUUAUACAUAGGGAUGUCAAAUCAAGUAAUAUACUUCUGGAUCAUAGCAUGUGUGCAAAGGUUGCUGACUUUGGUUUUUCAAAAUAUGCUCCUCAAGAAGGGGAUAGUGGUGCUUCCCUAGAAGUCAGAGGGACGGCUGGGUAUUUGGAUCCAGAGUACUAUAUGACCCAUCAUUUGUCAGAUAAAAGUGAUGUCUUUAGCUUUGGAGUGGUUCUGCUUGAAAUUGUAAGUGGUAGGGAGCCUCUCAACAUACGUAGGCCACGAAAUGAGUGGAGCCUGGUUGAAUGGGCUAAACCGUAUAUAAGGGAGUCAAAGAUUGAUGAACUAGUGGAUCCAAACAUAAAGGGAGGGUACCAUGCAGAGGCUUUGUGGAGAGUGGUGGAGGUGGCAUGGUCAUGUAUUGAGCCCUUCUCUGCGUAUCGACCAUGCAUGGCAGACAUCGUACGAGAACUAGAAGAUGCUUUGAUUAUAGAAAAUAAUGCAUCUGAGUACAUGAGGUCCAUAGAAAGCUCAGGAUCCAAUCACUUUUCCAUGGUCUUUGAGAAAAGAAUUGUUCCACCACCCACUCCUACAGAAACUUCACCUAUUCUAACACAAAAUUUGCCUCCUCCAGAGCCAAGAUAGUAAUUUGUGGGUGAAAUUUUUAUUAUUUUUUCUUUAAUUCAAAUCACGCUAUGAGAUGACAAGAGAGAAUGAGGAAAAUUCCUCACUGCUUCAUAUGAAACUACUGUUUAUUCUCUUUUUUUAGUUUAUACACUCAUCUACUUUGAGGAGAAGAAUGUAGAUUUAUGCCUAUUUGCCCGGAAUGAAUAAACUGUCUAA